CUUCUCAUAACACGGUGUCCAUAUUCAGUACUAAUAAUAUCUAGCAUGUCAAAAAUUAACGUAUUGUUAGGUAUCUUAGGAGUAAUUGUUGCAAUAUUUGCUAUCUUCCGACCUACUAAUAAUCCACCACUAAAUUAUCAUAUCUUUACGGAGCCUGGGUUCGAGAAAGUAGCGGAAAUCUUCAUAAAUGAAGUUAAAAAUGGGAAUAUUCAAGGUGCAAACUUUGCUGCAUAUCAUAAAGGCAAGCUAAUUGUAAAUUUAGUUGGAGGCUAUGCUGACAAAGAAACUCGAAAUCCUUGGACAUUUGAUACGAUUACCCAAGUAUUUUCAAGCACGAAAGGAGUAGCAAUGACAGCUUUAAACCAUCUACAAUCCAAAGGAUUAUUAGAUUAUGAUCAACCUAUUUCUAAGUACUGGCCAGAGUUUUCUCAGAAUGGAAAAUCUAAUAUUACCAUCAAGCAUCUACUUACGCAUACAGCAGGAAUGGCAAUUAUAGAGAAAACUUGGGAUCCUAAAGACUUGCUUGAAAACUAUACGAAAGUAUCUGAAAUUUUUGCUGAGCAAAAACCAUCUUGGCCAGCUGGUACUAAAAUUGGAUAUCAUGGCUUAACAACUGGAGUAUUAGUUGAUAAUAUAGUUAGAAGAGUUGACUUAAGUCAUAGAUCCUUAAGUGACUACGUAGCAGAGGAGUUCUCCUUCCCUUAUCAGUUAGAUUUGUACUUGGGUUUACCUCUGACUGAAAAUUAUCGAACAGCGAAAUUUUACGAGGUCAAUAUACCUAACCUUGACAUGUUCACAACAGGAAGGAAAUAUUUAAGCAUAUUUCUUAACUUAAUUAAACCAGGGUCAUUAACGAACGCCGCUUUAACUAAUCCAAUUGAAUAUUUACAGAGCUACUGGUUAAAUAAUCCAUACAAUAGAGCUAUACCAGAUGGUUCCCUAAUGGGGUUUAGCAAUGCUCAGACCUUAGCUAAAUUUUAUUCACUUAUUCUAUCCGGUGAAAUUCUUAAUAAAGAAUUUGCGAAAGAUUUGAACAAGCCACUAGUCAAAGGACGAAACAUCAUUGUGGAUAUCGAACCCAGUCAGAUAUCUUAUGGAUAUUUCUUGAUAAAAGCUCCUCAUGGAGGAUUAAUAUUCGGACAUCCAGGAACUGGAGGUCAAGCUGCGUUCGCUGAUCCGAAAUUUGACUUAUCAUUGUCGUAUAUUACAAACUAUCAUAGUUUAUAUGGGCUUGGAGAUGACCCAAGAUUUUUACUGUUAUCAUCUGCAGUUUACGAUUGCAUAAAGAACUUAUAAAAUUAUUAAUAUACUAUAUACGGCAUAUUGUAUAUUUUCAAAAUCAAAAUUCGUUAAAACCUACCUCUGGAAUAGAGUACACUUGAUUGCACCACUCAUUAAAAUUCAUCAUAGUUGCAGCUACUCUUACAGGGAUGAACGCAUUUUUAUCGUUAGUUAUUUCUGGAUCUAUUAGCUUUUCUUUAAUCAUCACAAAAUCUUCAUCCAAUAGAUAACAUAGAUUCCCUU